UCUUCAUGAGUUCCCAUUCAAGUCCUUAUAUUUCCGAUGCCACGGAAGCACUCUGAGUCAUUUACCGUCAUGUCUGCUUAGCCUAUGUAGACACACUUUCCUUUCUCAAUUUUCGACAUUAUCAUUAUCUCUUUCAUCUAUUUUUCGCAACGUUUGUGUGCUAUCACGAUCCGAGUGGUUAAGUGACUCAUCAUGUCUGUUCUUGCACCCUUGGUCGAUCAAAACAUUUACACUGUUCCAUCUUUUACUCUUGAGAAUGGGAGGAUAUUGCGGGAGGUCCCGGUUGCCUACAUGACUUGGGGCAAACUGAAUGACACUAGAGACAAUGUUAUGGUCAUAUGUCACGCGUUCACUGGCAGCGCAGACGUAGAAGAUUGGUGGGGCCCUCUUAUCGGACGUGGAAAGGCCUUCGACCCCAAUCGCUUUUUCAUUUUCUGUGCUAAUGUUAUGGGCUCACCAUAUGGAUCGGCCUCUCCUGUGACGAUUAAUCCAGAGACAGAGAAACCUUAUGGUCCAGAAUUCCCCCAGACAUCAAUACGUGAUGAUGUGCGACUGCACAAGCUCGUUCUUGACAAUUUGGGGGUUUCUAGUGUUGCUGUAGCCAUUGGAGGCUCGAUGGGCGGAAUGGCUGUGCUUGAAUGGCCUUUAUGCAGCCCCCCAGGUUAUGUCCGCCAUAUCAUUCCUUUGGCUACGUCUGCGCGGCACUCUGCUUGGUGUAUCAGUUGGGGAGAGGCACAGCGACAAAGCAUUUAUAGCGAUCCCCUUUACGACGACGGGUAUUAUGCAACACAACCUUCAACAGGUUUAUCUGCCGCUCGAAUGGCCGCACUAUUAACUUAUCGAUCGCGCGACUCUUUCGAGAGUCGCUUUGGACGUCGCCCGCAAGUUCCGCCUGUGGAGUCUAGCGCCGUCACACCUUCAUCUAUUACACUUGCUGAUCAGGAUCUUGCUGCUCACAACGAGGGUCACAAAAAAGUGACCCGCAUACGCUCCCAAGCUCAAACCUCAGCCACGUCAUCUCCACGUCAUUCUCCAACAGAAGGGCAGAAGGGCACGGGGUCUAUCUCACCCCCUCCACCUUUUUCAGCGCAAUCGUACCUGCGCUAUCAAGGCGCCAAAUUCGUGGCGCGCUUUGACGCUAAUUGUUACAUCCAUAUCACCCGCAAGAUGGAUACGCAUGAUGUCGCUCGAGGACGGACGUCUACUCCCGAAGAUACUCCAUCGCCGACCGCACAGUCGACCGCUCUGGCCGCUGUGCUUGCAACUCUCCCCCCACGCGCAUUGGUGAUCAGCGUCGAAACAGACGGCCUGUUCACUCCUUCUGAACAAAAGGAGCUCGCAACGCACAUACCCGAUGCAGAACUCGUCGUCAUUCCAUCGCCUGACGGGCACGACGGUUUCUUGCUUGAAUUCGAGCAAAUCAACACGCACGUACUCCGAUUUCUCAGAAGAGAGUUUCCAGGAUUAUAUGAGAAAGAUGAGGAGGACACCCCUGAGGGGGACUUUGCGGUGAAGAAGACAAGUUUGUUUGGAGAGGCUGAGGCAGAUAUCGCGAGGUGGUAGAGGUAGGGCUUGCCCGACUGAUUUAUGUGAUUCCAUGAUACUUAUUGUGGCGGGGAUGUGUCUUGAUAUGUUUUCCCUGAUAUUCUGAAUAAAGGAAUAGAUGGUCGAUGGGGACAUAACACUACAUAUCAGAUAUCUGAGGUAUGCCAAGAUAGCUAGGUUAGGUUAAUAAGACAUCCGUCGCAAUUGGAGUGCGCACUUGUGGUUGGACUAGUAUUUGUUUAGGACAAGUUUAGGAACGACUAUCCUGAU